AUGAACCACCAACAUCUGGACUUCGAGCCCGAGGCAAUAAACUUGCGCGGUCGCACAUUGACAGCCAGUCCAGCGGUAACACAGCAAGAAAGCGAGAAUGAGAUUGAACAGGCGCCAUUGCCGCCCGCAGACAGGGGAAAGGAGGCAUGGCUUGUCUUGCUCGGAUGCAGUCUGAUCCAGUUUCCCGUGUGGGGGUACUCCCUCGCAUUUGGUGUCUUCCAGGAAUAUUACGGCAGUCACCCUGACAAGCUUGAGGGCGAUACCAGCAAUAUUGCAGUGAUUGGGACCACCUUGACGGGCAUCAUGUACCUCAUCUCCCCUUUCACGUUCACGAUCUUGAGUAGAUGGCCCCGUCUACGCCGUUGGUUCGGCCCACUUGGACUGCUCCUCACCGCGACCGGCUUCCUCUUAUCCACUUUUGCGACUACGGUGUGGCAGUUGAUCGCAACGCAAGGUGUCAUAUGUGCCCUAGGCUGCGGGCUACUAUUCACUCCAACGACUUUGUACCUGGAUGAGUGGUUUGUCAAGCGAAAGGGCCUGGCUUACGGAGUCAUGUGGGCUGGAAAAUCUGCAGCUGGCGUCGGGCUACCCUUCGCCAUGGAAACCUGUCUGCAGAAGUUCGGACCAGUAGUCACGCUCCGAGCUUGGAGUGUUGCAACGGUUCUCAUCUCGGCGCCCCUCCUCUACUUCCUCAAACCACGUAUUCCCGUCUCCCAGUCCUCCGCCGUACGCCGAAUCAACCUCAAUUUCAUCCAGCUCCCCUCCUUCUGGAUGCUCCAAAUCGGCAACGUCCUCCAAUCACUCGGCUAUUUCCUCCCCUACACGUACCUUUCCACCUACGCCGUCCAACAACUCCACGUCUCUACAACUGUAGCAACGACCCUGCUCGUCCUCAUCAACGUCACCUCAAUCCCCGGCGGCAUCGUCAUGGGCAGCCUGGGAGACCACCUCCGCGUCACCACCGUGAUCCUCAUAUCGGCCAUCGGUUCCGCGCUCGCAGUAUUUCUGUUCUGGGGAUUUUCGAGUCAGACAGCGCUGCUGGCUGUCUUCAGCAUCACAUACGGCUUCUUCGCCGGCGGGUUCAGUUCUACCUGGUCUGGAGUGCUGUCUGAGUUGAAGGCUGAGAGCCCGGCGGUGGAUACGGGGUUCAUCUUUGGGUUGUUGGCUGGUGGGAGAGGAAUCGGCAACGUGAUUAGCGGGCCAUUAAGCGUAGCUCUACUAACUGGGGAUGGGUGGAUAAGAGAUGGCAAGGGCUGGGGGUAUAGCGGACAAUAUGGCGGCAUUAUCUUGUUCACAGGCGUUACGGCAAUGUUGGGUGGAUGGGGUGCACUUGGUAGGGUCAAGUGCAUUUGCGCCAGGUGA